CCUUGCACGGAGCCAUUUCCCGCGGGGACCGCGCCCGUUCACCCCAGCGCCGCUGCGGCGGGGCGGGGGUGCCGCAGAAAGCCCUCCCCGCCCGGAGCGGCCCCUGCCUGCCGGGCCUUCCCCGGUAGCCAGGCUCUCUCCCUGCCGGCGGGGCUGGUUUCGUUUCCCUCCGGCUCCUCCUCCCGGCUACGGCAGCGAUGCUGCGGCGCUGCGCCCCGCUCCCGCCUGUCCCGCAGCCCCUGCGCCGCAUCCUGCCGUCCGCCGCCCCCGCCGUCCGGCAGCGCCUGCGGGAGUGCGCGGCGCGGAUCCCGGAGGCUGGAGCGCUGCUCGACCUGCUGGAGAAAUGCCCGGAGCGCCAGCAGAAGGGAGGUUUUCCCGUCGUAGUCUUUGAGGGGCUGGAUGCCACAGGCAAAACCACCGUAACCCAGUCAGUUAAGGACACCCUGAACGGCAUCCUGCUAAGGUCCCCACCAGAUUGCAUCAGCCAGUGGAGGACAGUGUUUGAUGAUGAGCCAGAGUCCAUUAAAAGAGCAUUUUAUGCUGCGGGCAACUACAUUCUUGCUUCAGAAAUAGCAAAAGCAUCCACUCAAGCACCUGUGAUCAUAGACAGAUACUGGCACAGCACAGCUGCCUACACAAUUGCCACUGAAAUAACUGGGGAAGUCCAGGGUCUUCCACCAGCUCAUGAUGAGGUAUACCAGUGGCCUGAAGAUCUGCUUAAACCUGAUCUUGUUCUUCUCCUGACCGUUGAUCCUGAAGAGCGAGUCCGGAGACUUCAGUGUCGGGGGCUGAAGAAAACAAAGGAGGAAGCUGAGCUGGAAACUAACAGUUUGUUUCGCCAAAGAGUUGAAGAGUCCUACAGAAGGAUGGUGAAUCCUGCAUGCCAAGAGGUUGAUGCCAGUGCCUCCAAGGAAGAGGUUCUCAAGACAGUACUACAACUAAUUAGUAAACACUGUGCUUUGUGAAAGCAAUUUCUUUGUUAUAACAGUUAAAAUACACUUUUUAGUGCACUUAAA